UUGCAGAGUUUAGUCAAUAUUGCUCACAUGCUUUAAAUGCCGAGGACGGUUCUGGGAAAAUCAAAAUUUCCUUGUAUUCAUAUCUUUCGGCAGUUGAACUGAGUGAACAUACAUUUUGCAACAUGGUUAAGAUGUUCUGAUUCAAUCUUUAUGGAAGAUAAAAAUAAAACGAAGGAAACUCCUUCAGAAAGCGAAAAAGCGGAUGACAACGCCGCCGAUUUAAGCGACGAACGCACUUCUAUUGCAAAUGCAUCGCUGAACGCUGAAUCUAAUUCAAGCAGCAGUAGCAGCAGUAGCAGUAGCAGAAGUAGCAGCGAAGAAAUUGUUUAUCCGGGAGAGGGAUCUGAUGAUUCCUGGCAUAAAGAACACAAUGAAAACGGAAGUAGUGAUGUGCAAAACAAUUCAAGACAUUGUGAUAGUGAAGCUAAACUUGACAAAGCCACCAAUAGUGAAGAAGACGAUCUAAAUGUUAGCGGUGGUGAAACAAAACCUGUAAAAGUUAGCGAUGGUAAAGAAAACAGUAAAGACGCUGUUGAUGAUGAAGUAAAGAAUACACAAGUCAGCGACAGUGGAGUAAAGCGUAAAAAGUCUAGCGAUUGUGGAGAAAGUGCAAAAACUAACGAUGGUGCAGCAAAAGCUGAAAGGGCUAGUGUUGAAGAAGAUAACACGAAAGCCAGUGAUUCUGGACCAAAGCGUAGGACGAAAGCUGAUGAUGGUAGAGAAAAUAACUCAGAAACUAGCGAUAGUGAUGAAAACAUAAACAAGGCAAGGGUUAAUGGAGAAAACAAUACGAAAGCUAGUGCUUCUGGAUGGAAACGUAAAAAAGGUGAUGAUAGCGAAGAUAAGAGAAUAGAAACAAGAAAUAAUGAUGAAAGCAAGAACAAGACCAGCGAUGGUGGAGCAGGACAUAAAAAAGCCAGCGAUACGAUGGUGGAGCAGGACAUCAAAAAGCGAGCGAUGGUGGAGCAGGACAUAAAAAAGCUAACGAUGGUAGAGGAGAGCAUGAAAAAGCUAGCAAUGGUGGAGCAGGACAUCAAAAAGCUAGCGAUGGUGGAGCAGAACAUGAAAAAGCUAACGAUGGUAGAGGAGAGCAUGAAAAAGCUAGCAAAGGUGGAGCGGGACAUCAAAAAGCUAGCGAUGGUGGAGCAGAACAUGAAAAAGUUAGCGAUGGUGGAGCAGGACAUGAAAAAUAGUGAUGGUGGAGCAGGACAUAGAAAAGCUAGCGAUGGUGGAGUAGGACAAGAAAAAGCUAGCGAUGGUGGAGCAGACUCAAAUCAUAAAAAGACUGAUCAAACCCUGUUGCAAAUGUCGGUUGGAAACGAUCCUUUACAACAGGAUGGUUAUUUCUACCAGAAGAAAGACUUAGAGCCAGAUAACAGGAGAAAGCCCAACAAAAAAGACAGACGGAAGAAAAACACAGAAAUCACUCAAGCAGAAGAGAAAAUGAUGACUGUUGUUUUUAUUGCAAUGUUGUCGAAGAAUUUUCAGAAAGAUUAUAACGACGAGACAAAGAUUGUUAUUCUAGGACAAGCACCAAUUUUCAAUGACUGGGAUGAAGGAUCUGGAGAGUCUGUUACGGUAGAAAGAAAUGAACAAAAGCAAAUUUUUCUUCGUUGUGAACUUAAAGUUCCUUUAAAGUUCUGUAAUUAUAAAUGUGCCUACAAAUAUGUCUUGGUCGAAAGCAAGAAUAACGAGAAGAGCUCGAUUUAUGAAUGUUUAGUGGAGGUGGAAUCCAAUCCUUUUUGGAAGUACGGUUUGAUCGAUCGGUGCCUUGAUAUUCCCAAUGAAUAUGCUGUCGAAAACAAAAUAUUCUACAAAUACGAUGGAUUUGUGUACAAAAACCUUGGAAUAGAAAUUCUGGUCCGUCCCGAACAUAAUAUUAAAGACAGGGAACAAUUUUUUCAACUGCACUUUCCGCGUUGGAAAGGAUUUUUUGUUGCUUCUUAUGAUGAUGAACUGAAACCGGUCGAAUCUUUGGAAAGACUUCAUCUUUUGCAUCUAAGUCAAGAUAGUCACAAAAUGCUUACGUCUUAUGAAGGAAAUUGGUCGUAUAAAAAAGUGGAUUUGCGAAAACUGGAUCUUGAAAAGAUUUAUGUUCAAAUAUUGAUGCAGAAAAUAAAAAACAACCUUAGGAUUAUGGAAAGUGAGGAUGGCCUACAGAAUAAAGUUGAUGGACUGAUUUCCAGUGCUGUUAUUGUUUACGUAUUUGUGAAGUACAAUGUCCAACUUAGUCAUGACGACGUCGUAACGGUGUUCAAAUGUCUCAAGAUUACACCUGAUAAAAAUUUAUGCGAUAAACUGACUGAAAGCAUUCGUAAUUUUAAGGAAAUAAUGUCGAGCUCCUUCAUCGACAAUUUUAUCAAGUUUUACGAAAAACAAAUGACAGUGAUACCUUUGGUUCUCUGGCUUAAUGCGCUGCCUUUGGUGCACUUUUUACGAGGAGACUGCAAACCGUUUGAACAUGUAGAUUCUACGAAAGCCCUGGAUAUUUCAAGCUGGAAUUGGUGGGGGAUGAAAGACUUUCCAUGCCGAAAUUUACAAGGUUUUGCAGAAAGAGAGGCAUUGGAAGUUUUGGAAAAUUUGAAGAAAAUUUUUGAAAUGGAUCCUUUGAUCAAACGUUUAUUUCUUUUGCUCUGUCCUCUGGAAAUAUACCAUGAACUUUUAAAAACUGGAUUGUUUACUUUCCUGGAGUUAUGUUUCACAAUGCGAAAGCUUAUUUCUGAUCGAUCUCUUUCAUCUGGAAACAUAAUCAACAUUCUUGUCAAUUUUUUGGAAGAAAUGAACAAAACCUUAAUUCAUGUGUGUAGUCCUAAGGACUUUCCCAAAGCAAGAUAUAAAGAAACAAGUUCUCUAUUAACUUCACUUGGGAGAAUUGCAAAGAAUGUCAAAAGUUUUCUUCCUUUGCAUCAAGUAAAGUUUUUAUGUUGUUUGGCUAAGUGCACUGCCAGCGCUAUUGAUUUGCAAAAGGCAGGAUUGGAGGUAGAAGAUAAUGGUGAAAAAGAAGGCGAUGAAAGAAAUUUAGGCAAAUCUUAUGCCCAAUCACAAGAUAUAAAUGGGCUUCUUAAAUUUUUCAAUGAACUGAUCAAAACGGUGAAAGAGUUUCUUAACUUACCAUUUUACCGCAAUCUUGAAGAUUGCAAAGAUAAUACAUGGAAAAAUGAUUUGCAUGUCUGGAACGAGGUGUUGCCGUUUGCUGCUUCAGAUGUUUUUGUAAAGUUGUGGUAUGAUACUUUCAGAAAACAGUUUCUCGAAAGGAUACACAAGGUUUCACCAUUUCGUCAAAUAGAGUUGUUUUGUUUAUCCAACGAACAAAAAUGUAGCCAAGAAGUUGCAACAUGUUUGAGUGACGCUGCUUUUAAAGCAAUUGAAAAAGUUGUAAAAGGAGAUUACAGUAUACGCACAUUUGAACGCUUAAGUCAAGACAAGUCAUUAAAGGCAAUAAAGUUACUGAGUGAAAUGUUGCAUAAAGCAUGGCCUCAUGAGCUGAACGUAGAAAGUGACUUAAGUGGGAAAAAAGAAAGAGAAAUUUUGCUGUUCCACCUGCUCACAUGGUCAACAUGGCCAGGACUUCUCAAAUUUAUCAGCAGCGAUGCUAUUAGCAAAGAGGGGCUGACAAAGCAAGGCAACUGUGAAAUGAUGAUUGUUCAUGCAGAAUCAUGUCUGGACAGUGUGAUGAAAUCAGUGUGUGAUGGUAGUGUUACAGUUGAAACAUUUCACUUGCUGCAGAAUUAUUCGAAAGAAUAUUUAAGCCUUAGCGAAAUAUACGAGGAAAGUCAAAAGAAAAGUCACACUGCUGCCACUUGGUUCUAUCAGCGGGAAUCAGAACUAAGUAGUUUUCUUAGUUUGCACAAACAACUCUCCAUCUUCGUUCAUUUGAGUAAAAAUUUCAUGAAAGUUGAUGAAGAGUUUUCCUAUUUGCGAAAAAAGAUUGAUCAAGACUAUCGUGAUUUAUCUCUGCGCGAAAUUGGCUUCACCAAUGAACGUGGUCAUUUUAAUUCAUUGUUUUUCAAAGUGGACAAAAGCAUUCUCCUAAUGAUAGAAAAUAUGAUUGCGAUGCAAGAAAGUGAAUUGUUUAAAAACAACUGGAAGAAGUUUCAGCAAAAGUUAAAAGAUGAAGUUUUUAGCAUCCAGAAGAUUCACGAUGAUGUUUGGAAAGUCAUCGAAGAGAAACUUAAGGCUGCUAAUGAAGAUUUUUUUGAUGGUGUAACGGAGCUGACGAGGAUUGAUAAAUAUUUACGCUUACUUGGAAAUAAUUACGACGCUUUAAAAAAAGAGUUCAAGCUUCUUUCAAAAUAUUUUGGUUAUCCACCGCAGGGCGAUGUUGACAAACUACUCAAAGAUAUCAUUGGUAAAGUGACAAAAUACAAGAAGUUAUUUUUCAAAGGGGAAGCUGCGCAGGCGAUACUUGAUGUACGCAGAGUAUUUUAUUUGAAAGGUGACUUUUCUGAUGUGAAAUUGAUUAAAGAGAUGAUAUCUGGUAACCUCCAUGAUCAAACUAUUAACGAUGUGAAAGAUGACUUACUGAAAGCGGGAGAGCUUUUAGAUAAUAUGACCUCUUGCAGGCUGAAUUGCUUAAAAGUGUUUGCCAAAAGUGUUGAAUUAGUUCAUUGGUUGAGAGAAAAUAUUAAAGAUGAAAAAGAGUUAAAGGUAUUCGUUGAUUUGGCCAUGAUAUCAGCUGGUGAAAGCGAUAUAGAAAUUGACCGUAUUUCUUGUAUGCAUACAAGCUGUUUGGGAUUUGGCUCUUUGAUAUUUGGCUAUCGUGAAGAGCAUGGUUUUCGUAAACUGAUGAAACAUUGCGAACCUCUCUGGCAAGUGAUUGAUGCCAAUCCAACCAUUGACAGAAAGCUAGAAUUAACGCAGAAAAAUCUUUCUUGGCUGAAGCAGAUCAAAAAGUCACAUGGUUCAGUUGCUUUGACAACAAUGUUCCAAGUGGAAGCAAUCAAUUCAUGUGGUAUUUACUACAUUGCUGACAAGGAAAAAGAAAAAGGAAACAAAGCAACGAAAACAAGUGGAAAACCUGAAGAGGUCGUGGUUCUUGUUGUUCCGGAGGAUACCGAUAGGAACCGAGAGGAAAAAAUUUACAGUUUGGAUGAAAUUAAAGAUAUUCAAAGCAAACUCAUGUUAAUUGCUGGAAAAGCAGACAGUGGAAAGGAGGAAGUCGACCAAUUCAAUCAGGUUUUUGAAGGAAUUUUGAGAUUAAGUGAACUUUACUUGCAACUUUGCGAUGUGGGGGAAAUCAAUUAUCUCACCUGGAAAUCUAAGUUUCAAUGCAGUAAAAAAGAACAUCAGAAUGACAAACUUCUCUCCAGCAUUAAUGAAUAUUGUAAUAACAUGGAAAACGACUUAAAGCUAUGGAAAGAAACUAUCGAUAAAAAAAGAUUGCAUUGCUACUCUUUAAACCAUUUUACUAUGAAGCAGAUUUUAACCUUACGAAAAGAACUUGCCAAAGCUUGUGUUGGUGAAACUGCAGUCAAUGAACUUCCAUGGCAAAUAUUUGUGCUUCUUCAAACAGUUAAGAAUGACAUUGAUCCGAUAAUACUUGCAAAUGUACCAAAGUCAAUGAUUCCAGAGAAUUUUGUGUAUUUAAAAGAUGAAGAAGAAUUGGAAAAUGUGGAUGAACCUUUUGACAGUGACCAGGACGGUGACGGUGACACAGAUGGCGAAAAGGAUACAACAUUACAUGCACAUAUACGAAGACAAAAUUCGUUUGAAGUGCUUACUUCUGUAAAAGAUAUUCUAGAGUCCCAGGGCUAUGAUGAGGAAUACAUACUAGCUGCUCUACAAGUUUGUGGUCGUGAUGCAACAAAGGACGAUCUUCUUGCAUGGGUAUUUGACUGUAAUGAUGACGAAGAAAACAUCUUGGCUUUAUCACAAGAAGCAAAGCAAAAUCCUCGUCUUUCUGAUCUUAUAACCGAAGUGUUUGGUACUGACUCUGACACUCGAGAUGAAGAUAAUUUAUUGGAAAUCUCUCAACCUACUAGACCCAUUGAUGAAGAACAAAGCAUCUCUCCACUCACCAAUUUCAAUGAACCGUACGUUCAUAACGAGGAGGACAGAUAUUUGUCGUUAGAGGUUUUAGCGGCUGUUUUGGAAGUGAUUUCAAAAACAGAUUAUAGCCAAGUAGAUCGACGAUUUCCUACCGUUUUUAAAGAAGGGGAGCCAAAUCUAUUGCUUGUCUCUAAAGGUGAGGUAUUUGGUUGCGUGGUGUCUCUUUUCAUGGGAAGUGAAAAUCAAACGUUACCAAGCGAAGAAGAAGUGCUCGUUUGUGAUGAGAACACGACAUCAGAAGAGGUUGAACUAUUUUGGCGACGAGCUGUAGUUGACGAUACUGGCCGAUUGUUUUGUCUUGUUAAUGCAGAUCUUUUGGACUUUAACGUCAGUCAAGAAGCACUGCGUUUACUUGAUUUUUUAACGCAAGGACAGUCCAAAUAUCACUUGGUCGUAAUAUGCAGUAUUGAAAAUGAUAAAUCGAAUAUGGUGAGAACAUUAGAUCCCUAUCGUCGCUCAUUUCCUCCACUAACGUCAUUGGAAGGUGUCCAAAGAUAUCUGAAAGAAAAACUUGUUUGUACAAAUCAACUUAUAAACAAUGCUUUCAUGCCAGCAGCUAUUGUAGAUGAAGAAAGCUCAUGUGUGCGUUUUAUCCAGUCAUCUAGAGCAGGAAUGGGGAAAAGUUUGAUUGUAAAACGUCUUACUAAACAAUUAGAAAAAAGUCUUUCAAGCACUAUAAAGAAAAAUUCCAGAAAUUUCCAAUCAUCAUUGUGUUGUACUAUCCCAGUCCAUGGAGUGUGUGUUGAGGGCAAUUCGAUAACUCGUCACCUCCUUUCACAUGCUCCAAAAAGAUAUGCUCCUGUUUCAAGAAUUUUUCAUCUAGACAUUUCUCAAUCAGUAUCAAAAGGACUUGAUGACUUUCUGUUUAAACUGUUGAUCCUUGGAUCUGUCAAAGAUAACAAUGGAAAUAUUUGGCGAAGAAAAACAACCGAUUUGUAUAUUGUUGAACACACAACUGACAAGACAUUUGCGAUGUUAACAUCUGAUAAUUUUCCUACGAAUCAAAAUCCGUAUUCAAAAAUUACUAUCACUUAUAUCCGUAGAACUCACGAAACGACCGUCAAGUGGCAAGUAUUCGUUCAUGAAGUUUUACCACGCAUCCAUUGUCUUUCACCAAGGGAAACAUUAAGAAAUUUGCAAUUACGAAGAGAUGGAGAUACGAGCUUCGACAGAGAGCAAUUCAACAGUGAUGAAUAUCAACGAGCUUUACAAUAUUUGUUGCAAGUAUCCACUGGCGCUAACUUGGACAAUUUUUCAUUUAUAAAUGAUCCUCGUGUUGCUGUAAGCGAUCCAAAUAAAGCGUUGACUAUUUUGAUCCAAUACUGUGGAAUACGCAAUCCAUUAUGGGCCGAGCUUCAUCACUUUGCUAACUUUUUAAAUGUUCAACUCCAUGAUUGUGAGGAAAGUGUCUUUUGUGAUACUAACUUGGUUGGAGAUUUGUUGCAAGGUUUUAAGACGUUUGCCGUGCGUUUUAUGAUCCAAAUGUCACGGGACUUCGCUACCAGAUCGCUAAGUGAUCGCAAUUUGGGUAUUGAUGACACUGAUGAGGUGGUAAAUGACGAUCUAGAGCCCUUUCAAAUACGUCGACGUUGGGAAUUAAGUUCGCAUCCAUAUAUUUUCUUCAACUUUGAUCGUCAUAGUAUGACGUUUUUGGGAUUCUUGUUGAAUGAUAACGGAGACCUGCUGGACCCUGGAAAUAGAACUAUUUUAGAACAACGUUUGAUGCCAACCACUUUAAGAGGUCAACUGAAGGUGCAAGGGGUAGAUUUUGAUGUAAACUACGAAAUAGGUGGACGUGAUGUGAGGAUUAACGACUUAUGUCAGGUCAUGGGUAUUGAUUAUCCUCAUGAUCCUGAUCCAACGUACGAGCUUACCACUGACAACGUUGAGAAAAUUUUGGCCAUUCACAUGAGAUUUAGAUGUGGCAUUCCUGUCAUUAUCAUGGGAGAAACGGGUUGUGGUAAAACAAGAUUGAUACGAUUUAUGUGUCAGCUUCAGGCUGGACUUGAUGGACCAAAGAACUUACUUCUCAUGAAGGUUCAUAGCGGAACAAGCUACGACGAAAUAGAGAAGAAAGUCGCAGAGGCGGAAAUUUUGGCUUCAUGUAACCAAAAAAUAAAUGUUGACACAAUUUUGUUCUUUGAUGUAGCAAAUACAACAGAUGCAAUUGAUCUCAUCAAAGAGAUAAUGGUUGAUCGACGAGUGAAGGGCCGAUAUAUCGAUCCAAAAUUGACUAGUCUUCAUUUUAUUGCUGCGUGUAAUCCAUACAGGAAACACACUGACGAGAUGAUUAAAAAAUUGGAAUCAGCUGGUCUGGGUUACCAUGUUUCUGCUGACGAGACUGAAGAUAAACUAGGCUCCAUUCCUCUCCGUCAGCUCGUGUAUCGUGUCCAUCCUUUACCUGAAAGUUUGAGACCUCUUGUCUGGGACUUUGGUCAGCUGACGGAUCACACUGAGGAACUAUAUACCAGACAAAUAGUGAAGAGAUAUGUGACCACUCCUUCAAUAAUACCGACAUCUGCUACAUCCGAUGAAAAAAUAAGUGGAAACGAUGUCCAAGCUUCAUGUAUUGCUAAAGUUUUGUCAUCUUCCCAACAAUACAUGCGGAAACAAAAGAACGAAUGUAGCUUUGUCAGCCUUCGUGAUGUUGAACGAACAAUGACAGUAAUAAACUGGUUUUACCACAAUUAUAAUUUAAUAAUGAAAAUCAUUAAUGAUUCUCACCGAGAGGAAUAUGAUUCCAGUGACAGUAAAGAAGAAGAUGAGGAAAGUUUGCCUUUAAAUCGUAUUGUGUUUUCCAUCGUCCAAGGUAUUGGUGUUUGUUAUUAUGCACGACUAAAUGAAAGACAUGCGUAUUGCCGGUACAUCAUCAAGUAUUUUGACAAAUCAUGCCCACUUCCUGGAGGUGUUAAAAGGAUGAAGGAUGAAAUAGUAAAGUGUCAACGAACGUUUUUGCACGAUGUGGAACUUGGCCAGAAUAUUGCAAGAAAUACAGCACUUUGUGAAAAUGUUUUUAUGAUGGCGAUAUGUGCAGAACUACGAAUCCCAUUGUUUGUAGUUGGUAAACCAGGAAGCUCAAAGUCUCUAGCAAAAGAUGUAAUAUCAACUAACAUGCAAGCUGGAAAGUCUAACGACGAAUUGUUUAAGAAUUUGAAACAGAUUCACAUGCACUCGUAUCAAUGCAGCCCUUUAUCUACACCUGAAGGUAUCAUCUCCAUCUUUGAACAAUGUUCCCAACUUCAGAAAGACAAAGAUUUGAGCAAGUUCGUCUCCGUAGUUGUGUUAGACGAGAUUGGUUUAGCAGAAGAUUCACCAUUGAUGCCACUGAAGACACUUCAUCCAUUACUUGAAGACGGUACAGCCACUUCUGAAGAAUCUGGAAAGACACUUGAUCAUAACCGUGUAGGUUUUAUAGGUUUGUCAAACUGGGCUUUAGACCCCGCAAAAAUGAAUCGUGGAAUAAUGUUGAGUAGAGGAGCCCCAAGCAAAACUGAACUUCUGGACAGUGCAAGGGGUAUAUGUUCUUGCAAUGAUGAUGACAAUAUAGAAGGAAUCAUGAAAAAGUUGUGCGAAGGAUAUUUUGAUUUGUAUGAAGAGCAGAAAGUCUCCAAAACUUUAGAAAACGCUCAAAAAGACGAAUUCUUUGGUCUGAGAGACUUUUAUAGUCUUGUAAAGAUGGUAAAUGGAUCAGCUAGAGUUACUAAUGAUGGUGCUUGGAUUGGUGAUACUAAAUUAGAGCAAUGCAUCAGAAGAAAUUUUAGUGGUUUGGAUGAUCUUAAUCCUGUUAAAAUAUUUAGUCAACAUUUCCAAGAGCUUGAACAUAUAAAGACUCCUUCACCGGAAUGUCUUCCCGUCUGUCUUAUUCAUAACAGUUUGGGUAGAACAGAGAAUGAAGGAGAAAGUCGUUAUUUACUUGUUUUGACUGAGAACUAUGCAGCAUUGAGAUUACUACAAGGCAAGGACUUUCAUAAGCAUGAGCCUGAAGUGAUUUUUGGCAGCAGUUUUCCAAAAGAUCAACAAUACACACAGAUUUGUCGAAAUAUUAAUCGUAUUAAAGUGUGCAUGGAAACAGGAAAAAUGGUGAUUUUACUAAACUUGGAAAGUCUCUAUGAAAGUCUUUAUGAUGCUUUAAACCAGUAUUACGUGUAUCUAGAUCAACAAAAGUACGUCGAUCUAGGCCUUAGAAACCACAGAGUCAAGUGCCGUGUUGCUGACAAUUUCAAAUUGAUAGUGAUUGCUGAAAAAGAUGACGUUUACAUGCGCUUUCCAAUUCCUCUUAUUAAUCGUCUUGAGAAACAUUUGUUGGUGAUGUCAAGUGGUUUGACUAAACGUCAAACCGAUUUGGUUGAAGAACUGGAGAAGUGGGUUGCAAAAUUCUCUAAAGCAAACAACGAAUAUUCAUCACAAGAAAGGUGUAUUAGAUUAUUUGACAAACCAUUCCUAUUCAAUGAAGGUCUCAUCAACGAUACAGCAGCUAAUGUCGUGAUUCAAAAAUUUGAGUUUGGUUACUCUGAUAUUAAGAUACUUGAAGAUUCAAAGAAAACCCUUUUACAAUGUGCAUCUCCUGAUGCAAUUGCCAGACUCACAGUAUCACAGUUAAAAGACAAAGCCAUCGAAAUUCGUAGGGAAUAUUACCAAAAUCAACAACACGGAAGUUUGAAGAAAUAUUUAGUUCAUUGUUUUCAAACAAAAGGCAGCACAGCAGACAGUGGCUCUCUCGUUCAGAUAACCACCCACUCGCGACUUUUAUCGGAAGCAAAUGCUCGUGCUAUAGCAGCUGAAGCUGGUUUCCUAGGCUGGCAAUCACGAUGUAUAAGUCUUCAAGAAUUUCAUACGGAGCAACAAUUUGUCAAAACUUUGGACGAUUUCUUCAUCAAACUUGGAGGUGCUGAAGGACUCCUAUUGGUGCAGUGUGAUGACGGGGAGAAAAAUUCAAAUCUUAUUGCGUGCAGUCGUUAUCUUGUUGAUCAAACACGUCGUAUAUCUUUGGAAACGUUUAACCCGAAACCCGUUCAUAUUAUUUUUAUCAUCCAGUUGCCGAGAAUUGCUGGUGGCUGUCAGCAUUUUGUGGGAUUUCAAGGUGGAAAAUGGAGAUGUGUCCAUAUUGACGAACUUCUUGAGGCAAAUGAAAAGUUACCGCAAAUUGAACUACUUGUUAAUCGAUCUGUUAGUGAUCUUUUUAAUUUAAAUGUUUCCUCAAAUAAUAAUCUUGAUCUCGGAGACAUACGGCUAUCACUAAAUGAUGACCUUGAAUCACCGACAGACAGUGAUGUGCAGAAUAUUGAGGAGAAUUUCUACGAAGAAAAUAUACGUCCCACUGUCUUGCUGAGGAACUGCAUGCAAACUGCUGCUGCAAGAGUCUUUGACGAAUCUAAUGACGUCUUGAGAGCCACAAAACGAAUUGAGAUAUUACUGGAUUGCUUACCUGCCGAAGAUGGAGAUGAAACAGACCUAUCAAACAUUCUUGUUGCUCGUAUGUAUAAACUGCUCCACGAGCGUGAUGAAAGAUGCUUUGAUGAUCAAAGGCUUUGGCUUCAAGAGGAAGCGCUAUGUCAGGGACAUCUACAGGAAACUGGCACAUUUAGGAAAGCUUUAUGGCAAAAAUUAUCGUCAAUUGUCUCUCCUAUUUUGUCCGAAGUUAUUGCGUAUUGUGAUCGUAAUAAAAACCUCAACUUGCUUCUUGAAGAAAACACUUGGACACGAAAGUUAUGGCUUGAAAUGUUAAAGGAAGACAACCUUACGGCAAUAACCUAUGAAUCAUUCAUUUCACCUGUAUCCGGUAGGCUACGAGAACGAGCAACUGUGUUGAGCAGUGGAGUUGGACAUCGUUUUGAAGGAAAAUUUCCAUUCUCCUGGAUAAUUAAAGAUAUUGUUCACGUUCUUUCGUUGCAAGUUGGGGGAGUUAUUACAAACAGAUUGACGUCAUUAAGAAAUGUUUUGAUGCUUCUCCUUUGGGAAGAUUGA